AUGACGGAUGCUCGACACAAUGCUAUUUCAAUGAUGCCCUCUCCGGACGGGUCUUGUGAUGACCCAAAGUCCUCGGGACCUCAUGAAAAGGAGCCAGAGCAAGGGUUGUCCGCGGUUGUUAAGACACUAUACGAGGGAAGAAAUAGCACCAUGACCUACUUUGACUGGCAGGACUAUCCACCACGACAGCAGCUCAGCAAAAAGGCCGCGAAGGAAAACGACCGUGUGGCCAUUGUCGUUUACAAAGUCAAAGACCAUUCCAAACCGGUGAUGUCUGGCCGUUUUAGUCUAAAGUACCACUCUCUUGAUAUCCAAAGCCCGAUUCUAGUCUCAGCGCUCAAGGAUACCCUGAAGGAGGACGAAGUGUAUCUCGAAGGGACGGAAACUGCGAAGUUCGAGGAACCUUUCAGCGCCCUAUAUUUUCGAUCGGAUGAGGUUAUUGAGCUCUACAGGAAGGCAGAACAAGGCAGUGCCCUCAAAGCUCACCUGGAACUCCUGGCGAAGCUCAUGGGAGACAUUUUCUCUCAGACAAAAUUCCGUGUUAAACGCUUGCAGGACAGCGGCCUUGUGUCAUGGCGUCUCGCAUGGACCUACUUUCCCAGGGGCUCCUACGUGUACAGUUGGGAAAACAAUCGAGAAGUUCUGACAAAGGUUUUGGACGCCACAUACGAAACAGAAGCGCUUAGGCAACACCUUUCCAUCAGGUGCAAGAUCAUUAUUUUCGAUGGCGAGAACUUUAUCUGGAAGGAAAUGGCGUUGAAAAUUCCAAUGUUCGCCGGAAAUUUGCCCAUCACACAGCUUCCUCAUUACCCGUUGCGGUUCCACGAAAAUCCAGCUGCCGUCAUUGCGAGGUUGAAGGCUAGGGCUACGAAUGUUCUUGAACUACAGGGGCUUCAAUAUAAGACCUACACGGAUAUUGCAAUUGAUUCUGAGGGGAAAAGGCACAAUGUUGAUGGCAGAAUCCUUAUCGACGCGAGAGGAUAUUACAAAUAUCAAUUGAAACAACCAAUGAAGGAAAUGAAAGACCCCGAAUAUCAUAAGAAAUUAGUACUCAAACGAGUUCUGAAGCCCGUGGAGGAUGCGGAUCCCAAUGAUCCCGCCUCCAGCCGAAGCACGCUCCUCGAGAAUGGCUCGCCGUCUACAAAAAUUUAUCUUUCGGAGGAGGAACAACGCAAGAACAAGGAGGAAAUGCUCGAAAUUGGCGAUGACAUGGCUCUCCUACAACAUAUAGUUCACGGAUAUGCGCUGAGAAACAAAGAGUGGUUGAAUUUCUACGUUGACGAACUCAAGCCUGUGGAAUGGAACGAUGAAGCUUACGAACAUCUAGUGUACGACAAGCAACAGAAAGAUCUAGUUCUAUCCUUUGUUGAGAAUCACCAUGGGACACAACGCCGGGAUGAUGACGUCAUCGCAGGGAAAGUGGCCGACAGAUGCCGCCGGCCACUCUUCUACCUCCAAGCGGAGGAUCUGGGAAUCCUAGCCAGCGAACUUGGCCCGAAGAUUAAGAGAGUCUUUGAAAUGGCAAUCGAAUGGGACGCGGUAAUCCUGCUCGACGAAGCCGAUGUCUUCAUGUCCGAGCGCCAUCCCAACGACAUCGCGCGCAACGAACUUGUCUCGAUCUUCCUGCGUGAACUAGAAUACUACCGAGGCAUCAUCUUCCUGACAACCAAUCUAUACGAGACCAUCGACACUGCCUUCCGAUCGCGCCUCAAUCUGCACCUUCUAUUCAGCCCCCUCACUCCAGAGACGCGCGAGACCGUAUGGCGGAAGUUCCUGGAAAGAAUGCCGCCCAUGGCGCCGCGCCCUGGCGAGGAGGCAGAUGGGGAGCAAGAAGUAAGGAGUGUGAUGAAAGAAAUCACGGAUGAGGAUCUGAAGGAGCUAGCUAUGUGGCAGCUGAAUGGCAGAGAGAUUAAGAAUGCGGCGAAGAUGGCCAAGUCCUGGUGCGACUAUAAGGGGUAUGAUAUGACGUUGUCGCGGAUUGAGAGCGGGAUUAAGGUCACGGCCCCCAAUAGCCUGAAGCGGGAUCAUACAACGCCGAAAGAACUGUAUGACUAG